AUGUGUGAGCUAGGCCGACAAGGAGAAGCAUUAAUGUGUGAGCUAGGCCAAAUAGGAGAAGCAUUAAUGUGUGAACUAGGCCAACAAGGAGAAGCAUUAAUGUGUGAGCUAGGCCAACAACGAGAAGCAUUAAUGAGUGAGCUAGACCAACAACGAGAAGCAUUAAUGUGUGAGCUAGGCCAACAACGAGAAGCAUUAGUGUGUGAGCUAGGCCAACAACGAGAAGCAUUAAUGUGUGAGCUAGACCAACAACGAGAAGCAUUAAUGUGUGAGCUAGGCCAACAACGAGAAGCAUUAAUGAGUGAGCUAGACCAACAAGGAGAAGCAUUAAUGUGUGAGCUAGGCCAACAACGAGAAGCAUUAGUGUGUGAGCUAGGCCAACAACGAGAAGCAUUAAUGAGUGAGCUAGGCCAACAAGGAGAAGCAUUAAUGUAUGAGCUAGGCCAGCAAGGAGAAGCAUUAAUGAGUGAGCUAGGCCAACAAGGAGAAGCAUUAAUGAGUGAGCUAGGCCAACAAGGAGAAGCAUUAAUGUGUGAGCUAGGCCAACAAGGAGAAGCAUUAAUGAGUGAGCUAUGCCAACUAGGAGAAGCAUUAAUAUGUGAGCUAGGCCAACAAGGAGAAGCAUUAAUGAGUGAGCUAGGCCAACAAGGAGAAGCAUUAAUGAGUGAGCUAGGCCGACAAGGAGAAGCAUUAAUGUGUGAGCUAGGCCAACAAGGAGAAGCAUUAAUGUGUGAGCUAGGCCAACAAGGAGAAGCAUUAAUGUGUGAGCUAGGCCGACAAGGAGAAGCAUUAAUGUGUGAGCUAGGCCAACAAGGAGAAGCAUUAAUGUGUGAGCUAGGCCAACAAGGAGAAGCAUUAAUGUGUGAGCUAGGCCAACAACGAGAAGCAUUAAUGAGUGAGCUAGACCAACAACGAGAAGCAUUAAUGUGUGAGCUAGGCCAACAACGAGAAGCAUUAGUGUGUGAGCUAGGCCAACAACGAGAAGCAUUAAUGUGUGAGCUAGGCCAACAACGAGAAGCAUUAAUGUGUGAGCUAGGCCAACAACGAGAAGCAUUAAUGAGUGAGCUAGACCAACAAGGAGAAGCAUUAAUGUGUGAGCUAGGCCAACAACGAGAAGCAUUAGUGUGUGAGCUAGGCCAACAACGAGAAGCAUUAAUGAGUGAGCUAGGCCAACAAGGAGAAACAUUAAUGUAUGAGCUAGGCCAGCAAGGAGAAGCAUUAAUGAGUGAGCUAGGCCAACAAGGAGAAGCAUUAAUGAGUGAGCUAUGCCAACAAGGAGAAGCAUUAAUGUGUGAGCUAGGCCAACAAGGAGAAGCAUUAAUGAGUGAGCUAUGCCAACUAGGAGAAGCAUUAAUAUGUGAGCUAGGCCAACAAGGAGAAGCAUUAAUGAGUAAGCUAGGCCAACAAGGAGAAGCAUUAAUGAGUGAGCUAGGCCAACAAGGAGAAGCAUUAAUGAGUGAGCUAGGCCAACAACGAGAAGCAUUAAUGAGUGAGCUAGGCCAACAAGGAGAAGCAUUAAUGAGUGAGCUAUGCCAACAAGGAGAAGCAUUAAUGUGUGAGCUAGGCCAACAAGGAGAAGCAUUAAUGAGUGAGCUAGGCCAACAAGGAGAAGCAUUAAUGAGUGAGCUAGGCCAACAAGGAGAAGCAUUAAUAUGUGAGCUAGGCCAACAAGGAGAAGCAUUAAUGUGUGAGCCAUGCCAACAAGGAGAAGCAUUAAUAUGUGAGCUAGGCCAACAAGGAGAAGCAUUAAUGUGUGAGCCAUGCCAACAAGGAGAAGCAUUAAUGUGUGAGCUAGGCCAACAAGGAGAAGCAUUAAUAUGUGAGCUAGGCCAACAAGGAGAAUCCUUAAUAUGUGAACUAGGCCAACAACGAGAAGCAUUAAUGUGUGAGCUAGGCCAACAAGGAGAAGCAUUAAUGUGUGAGCUAGGCCAACAACGAGAAGCAUUUAUAUGUGAGCUAGGCCAACAAGGAUAA